AUCGAAGCGGCUGGGAGGCCGGCACUGAGCCGAGCGCGGGGCACCGGCCAUGGGCUCGAGGAGGGGCGGCGCGGGGCAGAUCACCGUGCACCGGCCGUUUCCCGGCGAGGGGUCUCCAACGGACAGUCAGCGCUCUGAGAUUGAUACUGCAACAUGUCCAAUGCAAUCUCCUUUAUCCCAAAAAUGUGCAAGAAUACAGAGUCUAGAAAAAUAUUACAAUGCAUCUAAAGAACAGCAAUGUGUGAACUGGCUCUCAAAGAAGUAUUUCACUCAUCUCCAGGCCAAAGCAGUUCUGGAAUCCAAUGAAGUUUAUACUCUUUGCCAGCCUAUAUAUGACACACAAGAAAGCUUUGUGAAGGAGUUGGAUAAGUAUUUGGCCUACAAAGAUAUGCUAAACUUGCGAAAAAAAGAGCUAUUAUACAAGAAAUGGAAUGAAUGUGUCUAUCAGCCACUACAAUGGAAACUCAGGUCAAUAUUAAACCAGUCACUUGAAAGCAGGCGAGCUUCAAUUUUGCAGUACUUGGAUUACUGCAAUAAAAAGGAACCUGUGUUUUUGGAAAAUUAUAAUGCUGAUGACUUCAAUCCAUUUGUCCUUCAACAGUGCAAACCUAAAACACUUAAGGCAAGGGCUUUAAGUCUUAAUGAUCCUCUGCUCUUGCAGAGUCGAAGCAAAAGUGAGGAAGACAGUGUUAUACUGCAGUGUCAAGAAGGUAAAGUUUCCUCUGUGAAACAGCGUAAAGAAUUUUUACAACCAGAAUUACCUCUAGUUCCUUUGGAUCGUCGUAAUAUCAACUGCAUCACUUGGCUUCAUAUACCAUUAAGCUACAUUGAGAGUGAUGUCCGGCAAAGAAGCAGGUUUUUUGCAAUAUAUUUUCAUUUACUUCAUCAAUGGAGUGGUAGAAUUAAUUGAAUUUGUGAUUCACAGCUCAUGAUUUUGAAUUAAUCUUUAACUUGUCCAAAGAAAGAUUAAGCAAUUCAAAUUAAUUGUUUGAAAUUUCAUUUAUAAAACAAAACCUGGUGCUGUGGGACUUGAGGCUCCUGACCUCCUUCCAGAUGGCAGAAGCAAAAAGCGAGCAUGGCUUGGAUUGUGGGGGUCUUUGAAGCAUGCUGCUUUCUCGUAGAAGUGCUCCUUGUAAAUGUGCUCAGUGGUGGGGAGGGCUUUUUCUGGGAUGGACUGGGCUGUGUCCAGUACAUUUUUAGGUUCUUCUGUUCAUGGGCAUUGGUGCUUCCAUACCAGGCUGUGAAGCAACCAGUCAGGAUACUCCCCACUAUGCAUCAAUAGAAGUUUAUUGAAGUUUUAGAUAACAUACCACUUCUAGGCAAACUACUAAGAAAGUAGAGGUGCUGCUGCAGCACUUGUGUGCUGGUCCCAGGACAGAUCCACUGAAAUGAUAACGGAGAGGAAUUUAAAGUUACUUACUGUCUCCACCACUGAUCCCUUGAUAAGGACUGGCUCAUGGAUCUCCAGUUUCCUCCUCCUAUGGUCAAUAAUCAGCUAUUUGCUUUUGCUGCUGACAUUGAGUGAGAGGUGGUUGUUGUGGCACUAUUCAGCCAGGCUUUCAAUCUCUCCUAUAAGCUGAUUUGUCACCAGCUUUGAUUUGGCCAACAGUAGUGUUAUCAUCAAACUUCACUAUGGCAUUGGAGUUGGACUUAGCCUCAUAGUCAUAAAGUGAGCAAAGCAGGGAGCUAAGCACACAGCCAUGUGAUGCACCUGUGCCGAUGGUGAUGGUGGAGGAGAUGUUGCCAAUCCAAACUGACUGGAGUCUGCAAGCUAUCUCCAUAUUCAACUAUUUCCAAGAUUUUAUAGUUGAAUUCCAACAACUAUUUUUUUUAAACUUAAAAAUCAUCCUUCACCCUACUUACUUAAAGCACCAAGUUCUGAUGACCCUCUGCUCCAGUCUAAAGAUACUCCUAUUUAGCAUGUUCAACCUUUUUUAGUAUUGCUUUCUCCUAAUAUCUCACUCUGCAACCUUUAGCUGAAUUACUAAGAUUAUAUGAUCCUCAAAAUCCUGACAGAAGAGACUACAGACGGAGGAAUCUGGAGCAACAAAAACAAACUGCUGGAGGCACUCUGUAGUCGCAUUCCUAAUCUGAAAUGUUGACCAUGUGCAACAAUUAAGGGAUGUGUUUUGAUACUUAAGUAUAUUUGUAAUUUACAAGUUAGAUGUUCAGAAACUAUAAGACCAUGCCCAUGCUUAGUUCAUGGUUUGAGUCUGGUUGCUUGUUUUCUUUUGUCUUUGCCUUGUUUCCACUCCCCCAUCCCAUGAAGGAGAGUUGAAUGUUUAUGCUCUCUUAAAAUACUCUUGAUUGCUGUGUCAUCACAGGUGUUAUAUGUUUUAAUUUUGUAAAGAAUUGUUUAAUCAAUUUAGUAUUGAAAUUCUGGUUAAUGAAUUUUUUAACAUUAACUUUUUUUUAUGCAAAGGAAACGAAUUAUUUCAGAUACUGCUAGAAUCUAAACACGGAAGUUCAUCUACUUUUGCUGAACAGAUGCAAACUUGUUCGAAGUUUUUCCAAGAUGCACAUUGAAUGGGCAUUCUAAUAUCUACACUGGCAAAUGGAUGUAGUCUUCCAGAUUCAUUUAUUGAACAAAUUUGUUCAAUUCAAUUCUUGAAAAUCAUCCUGUCUUCUUAUAUGACAGCCAUCUCUAAAACUAAGUAAUAAAAUAAUAUUACAUAAAAUAGGAAUAUAAGGACUCAAUUGUUAUUAGCUGCUCACUCAUAUCUUUCUCCUUCAUAAGUACUAAACUGCCAAAAAUGAGAAGGCAGAUAUUGUUUAGCAGUUAAAGUGAAAAUGUUUGUGCUGAUGUUUACUUCCAUGGAAAAAUUUAAGUAUGAAAUACAGGGUGUAAUUAAAACAAAAACUGAAAAUUCUACAUGUAGUUGAUUUACCUGAAUUCAUGACUUUGGGGAUUCAAAACUUUAAGUGAAUAUUUAAGGGAGAAAGUUGCAGAGGACAAUGAAGCUGUACUAUUUUUUAAAAUCAGUCCAUAAUAUCCUAAAGAGGUGCAUUAUUUGUUGACCUAAAAUUGAGUGUUUUAGUUAUAACUUGGAGGGGUUAUUGGUGAGGUCACAUAAUUUGCUGUUAGUUGUAUUCUCACUUUGAUAAAUGAAGCUGAGUUAUCGUCGGGAGAUUUGCCGAAAUAUAAGGAAGAAUGGUGUGGAGACAGUUUAAACAUACAUUUCAGUCUGGGGCAUAAAAUAGGAAUUUUAUUUUAAAGUAUUCAGGAACUGUCUAAGAAAUUUAUUCUAUUUUUCAUUAUGCAUUUUCCAUUAUACUGUACAAAUAUCCAAAUAUUUUAAAAUUACUGACAGCCUCUUGUUAUUUACUAUGUACUAUUUUAAUACUGUUGUAAGAAUACUUUUUAAUAUUUUAUACAAUUUGAGUUUCAUUAUCUGAAAUAAAGACAUAGCCGCAAGUGCCACUUGUCAUUUAAUAGAAAGCAAAAGUAAAAGGUUUGUUAAACUGACAUCCUCUUUCUGAAUAAAACUAUUUGGCAAUAAA